AUGGAAAUACUAGGAAAUGGUUUUCACUGGCAAUGGAUGUCAUUUCUUCUACUCGCCUGUGCAGUUCUUGCCUACAGAACAUUGGGUAAUACUGUCUUAGAUUUCACUACUUUUAUCGUGUAUGUUUACACUUACUGACGACUUAAUUUUCGAUCUCUAUAUGUUCAUUAGCCAUGUCGCCCUCCUGCUAGCUACAAGUUAGUUUAGCUGAAAUGACCCUUUGAACUCGUAAAACAGGAUAGCUAAGACCCAGCUUUGAAUGGAUGCGGUACUGUACCUCUAUUGUAGUCCUGUAUUUUGGAGAGUGUUUUUUUUUUUAAAAAAAGUUCACCGGCAUUGCUAUUACACUUUCUCAAGAUCAGUUUAGCUACCUUGCGCCUGAAUGUAUCCACCAGGAGACAUUUAUAUUAUAACAGUACUGCGUUGUGUUUGUUUAACAGUGAAAAUUGAUUGUCGAUUUUAACAGUAAGUAAUACUUUGUCAACAUUUCAAGUGGAAGAGUCACAAUGAAAUUUCCCUAAGAGCACAGAGUGAUAAGACCGACCGCCGCUUUUGGUCUUCGCUCGUACUCUCAAAAACGUUAAUAUUAAAGGAAGAAGUAAUGUAAUUUCAAAAUAAUUGCAGGAUAUUUCUAAGCGAAAAAAAAAAACUGCCGCGUGAAACUCGACUGUACUGUCAUUCAUAGCUAUUUUAUUCCACCACAAAAGGGACUUCAAGAUCCAACGACGCGACGGCAAUGAGAGCGGCGCUUAAAAAGUGAAUCUGCGUUGUUUCAGUCUUUAUCGAAGUUAUUCCUACUCACUUCCUCUGUCAAAUGUAGGCGAACCCUUCUGAAGUUGAAUUUCAAGGCAUCAUAUCCAAGUUCAGAAAAACAAAUAAAAUCUCGUCGUUGCUUGUUUACGUUCUCCACAAAACGCGAAUUUAGGAAUUUUCACGUCGUAGUCGUGCAGAAACGGCAAGGAAAAGUCCAAAAAAGGUGUGAUGCACGGGCAAAGUUGUUGUUUUGCAGAUUAAAACUACUGUUUUUAGACGUUCUCGUUGCCGUCGCGUCGUUAAAUCUUAGAGCCCCUUAUGUAAUUAGUAAGCAGCAGUCACAAUUCAAUAACCAGUGCCUGACAUGCUCAGUAUAUAGGGUCCACAACCGAUUCAUAUUACUUACAUUCAUGCCUAGUGAUUGUUGUUGUGUUUUUGUGGAUGCGAUAGAUAAGCCCGGAUACACAAGGCAGUUCAUUGCACGAUUUGAUCACGACUGUCGAGACUUCAAUGGCGUACUGAAUAAGUGCCACGUGUGGAAAGACUUGGGCUUCUGUUUCAAAUAUCGACGAGAAAUGCAACACGUUUGUAACAAAACCUGUCAGUACUGUGGUAAGUGAUUUUUGCACUUCAAAGGUUGUAGAGUAACAUAGUCUUUCCGAGUUUGUUUAGCUGUACAAAAGAGUACUAUGACUAGAAUGGAUGUUUGGGUUUGAGUGUUCGGGGUAAGUUUGGCGGGGGGGGGGGGGGGGUAUAGUACGGAAAAUGGUAUCUCUAGUAAAGUUAAGAACCGGAAAAAAAAUAGCCAAAAUGACAAAAGUUGAUGAUCGAGAGUCAGACAGUUAUCGCGGCAAACCCGAAAAGUGAGUCUUUUACUUUUUGAGUAAACUUUUAUAACAUUGGUUUGAAUUUGCCAUCAGUUCCAGGUCAAAAGCAAUGGCAAAUAAUAGACAGAGUCUGGGGACGUGUAAAAGAUUCCGCCGGUCAAACAGUCGGUGUACAUGACCGUGACUCGGCUCCUGUAAUCCAACACAAGGCGGGCCCUGCGAUACAGAUAUUGGGGAAAGAAAGAACGCCUCAAGUAGACACCGCGGCAAAUGCCAUAGCAACACAGUUGGAAAGGGGAGUUCAUCAAGAUAGUCAAGGUGUGAACAAAAAGGACACAUCAUUUUAGUGUAUGAUUACUAACUACUUCCAGGCGCAACUAUUGAGAGAGAAGGUGCAUGUGGCAGGAGUGUCGAACGAGAUGAGACCCAAGUCCCUUUCAUUCUUAGCACCCGUUUAUACGAACAAAAGUUGUCUCGAAAAGAGGGUCACCCUCCCAGCCGAGUCAGCAUUAGCGAUUGUUUAUAUGAGAACAAAUUUGACCCCUUAUCCCAAGCCAACGGCGCAUGCGCAUUUUCUGAAUAUCUUGUCCUGACCGUGUUGACCCGGCUGGGCAAGCCAAAGUGUUUACAUGGAGAAGCGUAAGCCCAAAUAGGAGGGUAACCCUAACAUCGCAAAUGAGAGAACCAGCAAGGCUGUCAUCCUUCUAACCAAGACAACGUUUUGUUUGUCAUUUAAACUGUUCCCCGAGUUUUGCAAGGAAAUGUAUAGUACUAAAAAUUGGCUCGGCGCUCAGGGUAGUAUGGGAAGACGAGAGACCACUCUACCCUAGACAGCUUUUUUUUCCAAAUAACGGGAACGCUAAAGAGCUUUCUUCUAUUUUUCUGCUUUAGUUCCCUUUCUUCCUUUUUACUUUCUUAUGUUGGCUGAAUUUCAACUUUUUAUAUUAAAAUUGUUAAAAUCUAUUCAUGUGUUUUCUAACUGGUUUUAGCUUCUCCAAGUGUUCUCGGUUGGCUUGCCAAGGUUCGCGCUGGCUUACAAAGCACAAUAGCACCUGCUCGAAUCAAAAGUGAGACAGCAAAUGAUGCAACAAAAGAAAAACUUUUAACACCUCAGUCUGCUCCUUCAACAACAGCAGUUGAUCAAGACCAGAGAGGAGAGUCAAUCAACAGGCAAACCUCUAUCAGUGGCAAAACUCAGGUGAGAGUAUCAAGUAAAGAAACUGAUCAUCGCCCAGUUGUUGUCCUGAUGGGAUACGAACUGGGCGAAAAAUCAAGUAAAAAGGUGCAUGAAGUGCUAAAGAAUUCUGAUUCUGCUGAGAUUUCUGAAUGGCAAUCAGUGAAUACAUCUGUGCCACAAAGACAGCAUGAUUAUGGUUUAAUAGCACUAGGCAGGAAACACGGUAACGGUACAGCAUCCACGUCAACUGAUAACAUUGCAUCAGAAUAUAAAGACGCCGAUUCAGAAUUAGAGAAGGUUGCUGAAUUUCUUGGCAAAGCAACAACUACUGGCAAGCGAAAGCAUGACAAGCGACCAGUGCAUGAAAGAAAGAAAAAUCUUUAUAUCAAUGCAAGUGCUUUGCAUUCAAAGCUACAUGCAGGCUCCUUAAACAGUCCAGUAACUAGUGCUUCAGAAAACACGACUAUGGAAAAAGCUGAAAAACUCAAAAGCCAAAAGGAAGCUAUUCUUCCCAUUAGCUCUGACGAUAUUGUUAACCAGCAGGCCAUUGAACGCGUGAAAUCCUCCACUAGUCACACUCAUCAUUACAAGAACAAUGAUAUGCAUGAACAGCAAUACCAGGGCAUAGAAAAUGGCUACUUAAUGCCGAAUAGUUUAGAAGGCAUGCAGGCAAUAGACUUAUCAGGAACAAUGGUGAGUAAUAAGUAUCAAGGAAUCGGUUUAUAAUCCAGGUGAAUGAUAACCAUGAAUAACGGUUUAGUUACAGCUGUGUGACAUUUUUUGUAAGCAAAAGCCACUAGAAGGGAAGAAAAAUCAGGCUGAAUGGAAAAAUUUCCAGAUAUUUUGACGCCAUAAGAGACCAAAGAUUUUUGCCUUUUCCUUGCCUUGCAAUUCGCUUUUUGUGUAGCAAUGAAAAAGACGUUUGGCACCCAGCGAGACGAAACGUCCAAUUUCUUUGAAAGUCUCAUGGUGUUAGUUAUUCGUUCGCCGCUAUUUUGGCAUUGCAGCUACCGUGUAAACGUAAUUGGAUUUGUUCAACGGCUUGCAUACAUUAAAAAGCCAUGAAAACUAAUGGUGAAUCAGUUUAUUUGGAGCAUACGCGUAGCGGCCGCAUUUCUUCUUUGAAAUGCUUUUUGUUUUUAAACUAAAAACAAGAAAAAAUCCCAUCGGACACUAGAGCGUGACGGCUAUAUCCGUAUGUUGGAAAUAUAUAUACCCUGAAGAUUUUUUCUUUGCAUUACCAGAUGGACGCACCUCUUCGAAAGCCUAAGCCUCCAGAUUAUGCAGGCAAGCAAGUGACAGUUACUUUUAAUGAGAAACCGGUGACUGAAGAAACGCUUAAGCAGUCUCCACCACCAAACUAUUUCCACGCGAAAGAAAAUGAAGAGGACAUUGACAAGUCAGAAGAAGAAAAGAUCAGAAUGGCUACGCAAUCGAUUAAAAAUGUAUUGAAACUUUUUGGUAAUGAUUACCGAGACGACCACGAGAAACUUAAGCUUGUAACGCAGUCGGCCAAAGACCUUCCUGCCCAUUCUAAAUCACUGGAAAUCCACCGUGAACUGGCGGGAAUACAGAGAGAAACUGACACUCAAAAGCAAAGCCAGGACCGCUCUGCGGAAAACGCUCAGGCUAUUUCGCGGCAAAUUGGACAGGAGUUGACCACCAAUGAAAGCGGAAACAGAAUGACAAAUGUUCCAAACUAUGCCGUAAUCAGCACGAAAGGGUCAAAAGACUGGAAAAACCUGGCUCACGUGCUUGCAGUUCAACUAAAGGGAGUCUUGAAUCAUAUGGAAAACAGGGAAAAGGAGAAUCAGUAUGAAAAAGACAGGAUGGAGGAGGAGAUGAUGAUGAUGGCACAGCAACAAGACGAAGACGAUGAUCCAGAUUAUGAUGGUCAUUAUUACGACGACGAUGAUAUGAAUGAACGACGUCAUUCUGUUCUGAUGCCUCUUGCCACUAACAGCUCUAAAAAAGCCUUUAAGAAGUUUAUCCUAGAAAACAAACGGCCUCAGAGAUUAAAAUAUGAAAGCAGUGUAGAUGAAAAGCGGUUACUUCACCAAGAUGUUAAAACGUUAUCCAAAUUAGAGAUGCUUUACAAAUCUCAGGAGCGAAAUUCUUCAAACCACGAAUAA